CGUCGGUUCCUCCGCUGCUAGGAGGCGGGACCCGAUCCGACCCCCGAGGCAGGGGACAGUGUCUUCGUUAAUGGCUAUUCAGAAGUAAGUCCACGGAUAUCUGUGGAAUUUACUUCCAAGUAAGGAUGACUAGCCCUAGAAUGCACGUAUGACUAGGACUGCAAGCUUAUGCUUAUUUAGUCGACAGUGUUUUUAUUAUGUCAGAAAUACCUGGAGGCAGCACAGCCCAAGACAUUUUGCCUUUGAUUGUCAUUGAGGAAGGCUCUAAACGAAGGAAUUGGGGCUUACUGCUCACUGGCAUUGUUGGUGGGACAUUAGUGGCCCUGUACUCUGUUGCUACUCCAUUUAUUGCUCCAGCACUGAGGAAACAUUGCCUGCCGUUCAUACCUGCGACUUCAAAGCAGGUUGAAAACGUCCUGAACGUGUUGAAGGGCAGAACUGGAUCCCUGGUUGACAUAGGGAGUGGCGAUGGACGCAUUGUAAUAGCAGCUGCAAAAGUUGGAUUCAAAGCUGUUGGUUAUGAAUUAAACCCCUGGUUGGUAUGGUAUUCCAGGUACUGUGCUUGGAGAGAAGGAGUUCAUCAAGAUGCCAAAUUUUACAUUUCAGAUUUAUGGAAGAUCAGUUUUUCCCAGUAUACAAAUGUUGUUAUCUUUGGAGUACCUGAAAUGAUGCUGCAACUGGAGAAGAAGCUUGGAGAAGAACUUCAGCAAGACGCCAGGGUUAUUGCCUGUCGUUUUCCUUUUCCCCACUGGAGGCCAAACCAUAGUUUUGGAGAGGGCAUUGACACUGUGUGGGCCUAUGACUCAGAGUCUUUUAGAUUGAAAAGGAAAAGGAUGCAGUUAUGACCAAGUGCAUUCUUUCGAAUUAGUUACAUUUCCAAAAGUAUUGUUCUGGUGGCUUUGAAUGGUGAGCAUGGGUGUUGAGUAGAUCUCAUUGUGCCUCUGAUUUUGGUGGGUGAACAUUUCAGCAAUAGUAGCCCAGAAUGCUUCCCCAAAUGCUCCUUGUCUUUUGUACUCCUUAAAGAUCAUUAGGCGCUUCAGUCAUGUAAAAUAUUGGACCAUGACUGGACAGUAGGGAGGACUUGCAUAAAUCCUCCCCACUGCCUAGUCAUAGACCAAUAUUGUGCAGUGUCCUCUUCCACAAUACCUUGAGAUUGGAGGGAAUAUCCAUUGAAUUAAAAAAGUAAAUUACGGAAUUGUAACGUACCAAUUUAAAAACGCACUGGCAAAAUGCCUGCAAUGUGAUGUAAGUAUUUUAAUAAAAUAUUUA